AUGCCUAUUCCAGCGUUCAACCGGACGACGGCCGUAUCACAAUGGACGUCCUUCAACACCACACAGGCACAAGUCAAGGGGAUCCCCAACUUCUUCUCCAGAUCCAUGUUCGGCAAUACCACCGAGCUUAAAUCUGCAGCGCAGUUUAUCGUAGUAUGGGCGGUGGUAGCAGUGAUCUUGAGGAUAUUUUCACGGCGAAGGCUGAAGACAAGGAUCGGUUGGGACGAUAUUUGCGCGAUGGCUGCCGUGUUCUUUUUAGUCACUAAUCAGAUGAUAUUCUCCAUGAUAGAGUUUCUUGGGAAAUCCAGCUUCGCCUUUGUUGGAAGGGCAGAUAAGGUGGAGGAGAUGAAAAGACUUUCGAAGAUUGUGAUAGGACUAAAGCUGAGCCUGGCAUACGAAGUUAUGUACCUGAUCAGUAUAUUUCUUGUCAAGUUCAGCAUGCUGUUUCUUUAUAACCGGUUUGCUCGGCAUACAACACAUAUCACUUUAUAUCUACGGGUCACCCAAGGGAUAUGUCUCCUCACUUUUGCAAUCUGCAUCCUGUCUCUUUUCCUCAGUUGUAUCCCAAUUAAUAUGUUCUGGAGCCUAAGCAACAAUAAUGAGCAGUGUACGAAAAGAACUUUACUUACAUUUACCUCCGGGAUCUCAAACAUUGUUACAAACACAUUAGUAUUAGCAGUUCCAGUCCCGCUGCUCGUCCGCGCAAAUCUCACUCUACGACAACGAAUCGGGGUAUCUGUCCUCUACUUUUUCGGAGCUUUCGUAAUCGUCGCCUCCGCUCUCCGCUUCACCACCCAGCUCCUCGACGUCUCAGUUCCCCAAGCCAUCGGCUGGUCCCAAAUCGAAGUCUCCCUCGCCAUAAUUCUAGCCUGCGCGCCCAUGUGCGUCAAGCUGCUCAUCACCCCAUUAAUCGAUGCUCGCGAGUUCGAAAAGGCCACAGACACCACGCAGUUUGUCGAAACGCCCACGUCCCUCACUGGGCGCAUGAUUUCAGAGAAAUCGCAGCACGUGUAUUACGAAAACCAAUUACGCAGGUCAUCGAAUAUGCGGCCUCACCAGCAGCAGGAUAUGUCCCGACUUGCGCCGUUUAUCAUGUCCGGGAAGCGUCUGUCCAACGACGGGAAGGUGGUGUCGUUGUUCUCCAGGUUCACAGGAAAGAUACCGAUGAUAGGCCGGCUGAACAUUGCGAUUGAGGAUAGUGAGGGCAGAAGUGAAUGGACAAUCCAUUUGGCGGGUCCGCCCAAUAUCGCCGGCAUCUCCCUCAAAGGUUGCACAACAAGCCGAGAAAUGGCCUCUGUAGAAUUUCAGCUACAUACAUGUAUGUUUUCAGGCAGUGGGGUAUUUGGCAAUUCGGUUAUUCAUUCUUAA